UUGUAACCAUCAUCACCUACCUUGCAAAACAACAAAAAUAAUCCAUCAUGAAUUUCUUGGCUGGCGGUGUAAUGCCGGGUGCCAACCCAUCUUUGAUGUCAACUAAUCGAAAUAUGUAUCAAUCAGGUGGAUCCGGAUUUUGGGGAGGCAAUAACGGCUUUUGGGGUACAAGUGAUGGAGGUUGGUUCGUGCCUUCCAACGGUGGAAUCAUACAAGCCGGUAUGGGAUCCAAUGCAGGUUUCGGAAAUGGAUAUGCUCCAAUGGGCUACGAAGAUUUGAUGCCAAGAGCUGAACCUUUGGGCAUCUACAAGACAUAUGCACAACAUUCUGAUGAAGUCGUUCUCACAAUGAGAGAUCCAUCCACUUCAAAACAUCGUGAUCAUUUCACAGUCGUUGAUAAUGCAACCGGACAAACACUCUUCACCGUAAAGAAUCAAAUGUACAGCGUUGCCGAUAAGAAAAACGUUUUUGACUUCCAAGGCAAUUUCCUCUUCCAGAUCCGAAGAAAAGGUUUGCCAUUCUUACGUGAUGCCUAUAUCGGAGUUGAUCCGAUGACGCAACGUACAAUCUUUACUUGCAGUGGACGUGAUGGACCAGCAGGUGGCUUAGGCAUUCAAUUCCUCAACACGGCCGGAGCAGGUGAACAAACAAAGAUGACCUUAGGAGCAGAUAUGUACGCGGCUGCUUCUCGUUUAACAGAUUCCCACGGUCAAACGAUUGCCCGUAUUAAUCGUGAUGUUGCAACGAUGUACAAAUACCCAUUCAACACCCACGACUAUACGCUUUCGGUUACUGGACACGUUGAUACAGCUUUGAUGGUUGCUAUCUGUAUUUGUAUUGAUGAACGUAUGUCUCGCGUUCCAGGCCUGCACAGAUAGAAUCGGCUCAGCUAUCGUUUCGUUUGUAUCAUUCCCAAAUUCUUCGUCUUCAUCGUCUUUUUGUUUUACUAUUCCUUUUUCAGCUCUCUAUUACUGUAUCCUGUCUUAUCAUAUCGUAUCUAUUUCUCUUUGUCUAAUUGCU